UUACGACGUUUUUGUGAAAACAAUAUGGCUGAGCGUCGUUAGUGACGGAUGAAAGUAAAGCGGAAACACAAUGGUGACUAUAAAGGAACUAAGAUGAAAUAAUGCGACAGCCCUAAAACAAACACCCUCUCCAGUUUCUUAUAAAAGCUGUUGGGAUGUCUACCUUAAGCACUCCCAAGACACAGACAGCGGGAUCACAGACAUGGGGCUCGGGGUUUUCAGAUUCAGCCAGAGGCCCUGCACUUCGAAGGCGCCGGACAAAAAUGGUGUCUGAGAAAAAGAUAGCAGAUGAUGAAUUCAUGGCUGCUGCAAUUGGUGAUGUGGAAUGGCUAAAACAGAGUUUGAGAGAUGCAGGACCUGACAUAAACUUUGACAAAAAUGGUUUAACAGCCAUCCACUUAGCUGCAAUUCAUGGACGGUUAGAAUGUCUCAAAGUCUGCAUUGAGAAAUUCAAAAUUGACAUCAAUCUUCCAAGUUCAACUGGCUGGAGAGCUGUCCAUCUCUGCAUCAGCAAUCAGACUGGAAAAAGAUCUUUACAAUGUCUAGCAUACUUGUUGGAGAAAUCAGCAGAUCACUCCCUUGCAAAUGAUGAUGGCAUCACACCAGUGCAUCAAGCUGCCAGUGAGGGUCAUGUGCAGUGUCUAAAGAUGUUGCUGGAGGUGGGAGCUAGGUUGGACAAGCAGGACUGUCGUGGCAACACACCACUGGAUCUUGCCAAGCUAUGGGGUCACCGGAAGUGUGCUAGAAUCCUUGCUGCUGAAAUGUGGCACCAGGACAAGGACAAUGUAGCGAAGGAAAUGCAACAGUUGAAGAAGGUGAAAAUGCAACAAGUUCUCAAAGAGCUCGAGGACGAAGAGGAGAUGAAGGCUGCCAGGCAGUUUUAUGGUGAAGAAGCGUUUAAUCAGUGGAUGACAUCGAAAAGCUUGACAGAAACAAUUCCAAACACACUAGAGAAAGCACAAGGAAAACAAAGUAAUAAGGACUCCGGCUAUAAACCCAACAGUGUGGCAAGGAAGAAAGAUGCUUCUAAACCCCUGAAAAUCUCUACAGAUGCAAGAAAGAUAAGUGAAAGAUCAUUUGAUAGAGAGGAUUUUCCCACAGAGAUAAGUGAUGAGGAGUUACUGAGGGGUCUACAGAGCGAUUCUGAGAGAGAUAAACAAGGAGAUGCUGUUACAACACCAAAAAAGAUGGGUCCUCCAUUUUUCAAUGACAAAGAAUGGAACAAGUCUACAAAAGCUCCAGAGAGUACCUAUAUAACUAACCUUACUGAUGAUUUUCCAAGAGAUGAGUACACCAUGAUGCCUCAAGUAAAAGGCAUCCCCAAAUUUUAUGAGGGUAAGUUUGUACGUCCAAUAACGCCAAACACUGUUGACGAAGACAUCAAAAGAAGAGGGUCUCAGGUGAAACUCCGGCGGCCUAGACUGCCUAAUGAAGUCAUUAGGAGUGUUUUAGCCAAAGACUCAAGUGCAAUUGAUAGAGGAAUGAUUUUUAAAUGUAAACACAUUGGCGAUGUGCACACAAAAAAGAAAUAUGAAGUAGAUGAGAAAGGUCGCCCCGAAGCCCCUUUGCAUUUGUCUAAUGACGUACGCUCCCAGAUGGUACAGAAUAGUGUCAGGUUUUUGCACGCAGCGCGGAAGAGUUCAAACUCCAAAUCUGAUUCAAGUAGAACAAAAAUGACAGGAUCUGAAUGGAUGACAGAUACAUUCCCAUUACCGAUGGUGAUGCAAACUCUGAAGCAAAUGUCAAAACCUGCUCAUUUUCCUAAUUCACAUGGCAAUGAGUAUGUCUUCGCUUUUAGCAAUGUAAAGUGAAAAUGUACAUGAUAACAACAAUGGUAGUGAGAUUAUGGCUGUCUCAUAUUGUAUAAAUUCGAGAAAUAUAUUUUUCUUUUCUUUUCAUUUUGUUCAAUCAAAAGUUGCUUCUUCAUUUUAUUCAUUGCACAGAUCUUUAUUGCAUUGCAUUUCUUAAUGAAAAAGAAACUGUCUCAGAUCUUGGUAGGACAAAGGACAAUGUACUCUUUUGCAUGCAUUUGUUUUUGACAAUACUAAAUCCAAUUUUCAGGAAUUGUACUUUGGCCUGCAACAUUCUUGAAUCUGAAAGAAAAUAUUAACACUGUGCACAUGGAAUGUAGGCCUGCUACUUUGCUGUAGAUUGAAUAGUUAUUUUUAAUAAUAAAUCUUUUACGUCACAAUUGCCAAAAUAAACGAGUUUGAAUAUGUUAUGUAUUGGAAGAUACAUCAUUGUGUUGUGUGGGGUGCAUCUUUUGAUGUGACUUUUUAAAGUAACACUUUUUGUGUCUUAACUGUAUUUAUAUAUUAUAACUUUAUAAAGUGAUAAUUUUUUAAGUGUUUGCAUUCUUUAUGACUGUUGGUUUUAAAAGAAAGUGUUUGUUACAUUAAAGUACAUUGUCAUUUUGUUUUGAAGUAAUGCUGAUUUAGAAAGAUAAUGCUGACAAUAUUGACAUUUUAUGAUUAGGACUGCUGACUUUUUGAGAGCUGUUUUGAAUUUUCUUGAAUCUGGACUGCUGAUCCGUGAGAAUUUUAUGUGUCAUGUAUUUUAUUCAGAUAUUUGUGACGCUAAAGUUUCAGAGUGAACAUUCCUAUUGAGUUCAAUUGUCUUUUGACAAGAAAAUAUUUACAACUUUGUAAUUAUACCUACUACUUUCAUCAUGAAGCACCAAAGAUCAGGAGUGUAGGAACCAAAAAUUACAGAGGUGCAAAGCUUUGAUCUUCUACUAAUGAUAAAGAAAAUGUUGGGGGUUUUUUAAUCAUUAAGUUGCAAAACAGAUGAAGUUUUAAAAAGUGUUUCCUCAAUAAAGAAACUUCAAUUUCUAUAAUGUUGUACACAUAUUGGCAAUCUACCUUUGAAAGCCUAGAUGUGUAGUUUUCCCUGUAUGUUUUGAAUUGGCUGCAAAAUUCAGUACUUUUAUGUACAGCCAACUUCUAUCAAAUUUUCUGUAUUUUCUGGAUUUAGUGUGAGUUGGGUUUUUUUGGUCACUUAAACAGCAUUUGAACACAGAGUAGUUCGUGAGUAUAGUUUAUUAAUGAGUUUUAUGUGCUUACUUAACUCAUGUUUAGUAUAUUAUUGGAAAGUCCUGUUAAUAAGAUUAGUUAAAUAACAUGAAUUUCAAAUAGCCUUUUAUGUACACGAAAAACAGUGGGCUGUGACUAAAAAAUUACAACUGAGGCAGUAAACUUGAGUGAAGAUUUUGCAGUUGUCAACAAGAGGGAAUAGCCACAAUUAACUGAAGUCAUGAGGCUAGACAAAAUUUGCAUCAACCACAACUGCUCAUCUGUAUUUUAAUAUCCAGAUUUUGUUCCCCUCUUUCAUUGAGCAUCACACAACAAAACAAAAAGAUGAAAGAGCCCUAUAGAUAAGGUUAUUACCCCAGAAUUUUCUUAGCCUGUUUGCCUUACUAAAAAUGCCUGCUCUAUUUCUGUGCCAUUCGCUCCCAAAUGAAGUGUCAGCUGGAUAUGGUUUUGUGAUAACUCAAUAAUUAAUCAGUUUGCUUAAUAAAUGAAAUAGCUGACCCAUGAGGUUUCAAGACUUGCAAUCCAUUCUUUUACUCUUUUUGUACUAUAUUCAGAUAUACUGUUUUUCAGUAAUAUUUCUUUUAUGUUUGUGAAGCUGGUGUUACAUUUUGUACUUUUGCAUUUGCCAAAGAAGAAAAAUAUAGAUCUAUCUAUGAAUGUCAAAUAUAUCGGAGCUGUUUGAAGUCAAAAUAAAAUUCAGGACAUCCUAUCAAGUU